AGUGUAAUAAAAGUUUCGCUUUCAUGAGCUUACUCGAUAAUCAUAUGAAGUGUCAUAGUAAACACAAGCCCUACUCAUGCACUGAAUGUAAUAAAAGUUUUACUGCUAAGCAAGGACUCAAGGUUCAUAUGCAGCGACAUACAGGUGAAAAGCCAUUUUCAUGCACUGAGUGUAAUAAAAGUUUUGCGUCUAAACAGAGACUUAAGAUUCAUAUGCAGCGACAUGCAGACCAGAAGCCACACGUUUGCAAUGAAUGUGGGAAGUGUUAUCUACAGGAAAUUGAGCUACGUUAUCACAGAAAAACUCAUUUACACCCAUUUGCCUGUGAUCAGUGUGAAGAAAAAUUUAAAACUAAUAAGAAACUUGAACAACAUAUUAAAACUCAUUCAUCUGAAAACAAACAGAAAAAUGAACCCCAGGGACAUAAAUUCAAGUGCAAAGAUUGCGAAGCGAUAUAUUCGACAGAGGAUGAGUUGAAAAUUCAUCAUAACACGGGAAUUCAUUUAGAUUUGGAAAAACGUCGUAGAGACGAUGCGAGUUAUGACAAGAAAUUUAAGCCAUGUUCCAAUAAAAAUCCAAUGGAAAACAUUACAAGACCUAAAAGAAAAAUUAAAUUACCCGUAAAAUAUCGUGAAGAAAAUUCUUCUAUUGUUCAAGAAUUUAUAAAGGAUGAAGUAUGUGAAAUAAGCACAGAGCAAAUAUUAUUAGAAAACGAAGAAUAUAAUUCUAUGACACUAGAAAAUCAGAGUAUAAAAACCGAGCCGGACACCACUGUUCCCGAUACUCCAGCUAGUGCAUUCAAAAGUGGCGUUGCAGAAUUAGAAUAUAUAAAAUCAGAAACUAAUGAAGCAAAUACAUAGAACUUAUUAUUAGAAAAUGGAAAAAA